CCCUCCUCUCCUCUUACUCACACACACCCCCGCCUGGGCCUCCUCUCUCUCCGGCUCCAUUUUCUCCGCCGCCGGGGGCCGGGGUCUCCUGUGGGGGGCCCAGCCGGUACCCCAGGUCUCCCUUCAGAGCCGGGGUGAACCCCCGGGGGAGCCAGGAGACGGGGAGACGGGCGGGGGUCGGGGCGGAGGGAGCAGCGGCCCCGGCGAGUUUGGGGGGAAGUAACCCGGCGGGGGAGGGGCGGGACGGGGAGGGGGCCUCUGGGCCCCCCCCACUAUGGACGAGCGGCUGCUGGGGCCGCCCCCUCCAGGCGGGGGCCGGGGGGGCCUGGGGCUGGUGGGUGCGGAGCCUGGGGGCCCUGGCGAGCCUCCCGGUGGCGGAGACCCCGGAGGGGGUGGCGGGGGGGUCCCGGGAGGCCGCGGGAAGCAGGACAUCGGGGACAUUCUGCAGCAGAUAAUGACCAUCACGGACCAGAGCCUGGACGAGGCCCAGGCCAAGAAACACGCCCUGAACUGCCACCGGAUGAAGCCAGCGCUCUUUAGCGUCCUGUGUGAGAUCAAGGAGAAGACCGGCCUCAGCAUCCGAAGCUCCCAGGAGGAGGAGCCCGUGGACCCCCAGCUUAUGCGCUUGGACAACAUGCUUCUGGCAGAAGGUGUGGCUGGGCCUGAGAAAGGGGGGGGCUCGGCGGCAGCAGCUGCAGCCGCAGCAGCUUCCGGGGGCGGCGUGUCCCCUGACAACUCCAUCGAACACUCGGACUAUCGCAGCAAGCUCGCCCAGAUCCGCCACAUCUACCACUCAGAGCUGGAGAAGUAUGAGCAGGCAUGCAACGAGUUCACGACCCACGUCAUGAACCUGCUGAGGGAGCAGAGCCGCACGCGGCCCGUGGCACCCAAGGAGAUGGAGCGCAUGGUGAGCAUCAUCCACCGGAAGUUCAGCGCCAUCCAGAUGCAGCUCAAGCAGAGCACCUGCGAGGCCGUCAUGAUCCUGCGCUCCCGGUUCCUGGACGCCAGACGGAAACGCCGCAACUUCAGCAAACAGGCCACCGAGGUCCUAAAUGAGUAUUUCUAUUCCCACCUGAGUAACCCGUAUCCCAGUGAGGAGGCUAAGGAGGAGCUCGCCAAGAAGUGUGGCAUCACCGUCUCUCAGGUCUCCAACUGGUUUGGCAACAAGCGGAUUCGCUAUAAGAAAAACAUCGGGAAGUUUCAAGAGGAGGCAAACAUCUAUGCUGUCAAGACCGCCGUGUCUGUCACCCAGGGGGGCCACAGCCGCACCAGCUCCCCGACACCCCCUUCCUCCGCAGGCUCUGGCGGCUCUUUCAACCUCUCAGGAUCCGGAGACAUGUUUCUGGGGAUGCCCGGGCUCAACGGAGACUCGUACCCUGCCUCCCAGGUGGAGUCACUCCGACACUCGAUGGGCCCCGGGGGCUACGGAGAUAGCCUCGGGGGAGGCCAGAUGUACAGCCCCCGGGAAAUGAGGGCGAACGGCGGCUGGCAGGAGGCUGUGACCCCGUCCUCAGUGACGUCCCCAACAGAGGGGCCAGGGAGCGUUCAUUCCGACACUUCCAACUGAUCUCACCCCUCAGGCCACAGGGUGGGGGCUCAGAGGUGACUCUUGACGAGAGGACAAAGGCAUCCAGAGGACAAGCCCCAGACACAGGAGAAGCACAAGAUGGAGAAGGGCAAAUGGGGUCGCCCUACCCCAGCCGACUCAGUGCUGGGGUUGCUGACUACAUGGCAAGGAGAAGGGGGUCCCCUAAAGGGAAGGUGGGGUCUGUCUCCCCUUUUUUCCCUUCUUUUCAAGCCUCUUCUCUCCCCAUUUCUUAUACAGAAACACCCAGAAUCCUAUCUUUCAGAACCUCUCUCUCUCUCUCUCUCUCUCUCUCAUAGAUACGUACACGACUAUUCUGUUUCUCUCUCUCAUGGACACAUAUAUGACUAUUCUGUUUCUCUCUCUCUCUCUCUGGGUUCACCCAUUCUCCCUCCCCCACCCCUUAUCUGCUCUGGGAUCUGUGGAGACGCCAGCCUUGCCCUACCUACCAGAGAUGCCAAAAAUGGGGACACAACUUCUGGACAGAUGACCUGGCCACGCCCCAGGCCUCCACCCCUCCCCCUCCAGACGGCUUUAUUACCUCAUAUGCAGCUCAUCUUAAACCAAUAGAAUUGCUCGGUGAACGAGAGUGUCUGACUCAGAUAUCUACCUCGGAGGGAGUUUCUGCUACUUUAGGGAAUUGGGAAUUGUUAACUGGGUUUGGGGUUUGAACCUUCUUUUUUAGGGAAGAAAAAAUCCCUGGGAUCCAUCUGUAUUUUGGGGGUGUUUUGUUGUUGGUUCUUCAUUUUUAAUUGAGUUUGGGGAAGUAGAUGUUUUUAUAUGUUGAUUUCUUUUUAUCUUAAUUACUGGCUUUCCCAUAUUAGGGGUGAUAGUGAAAGGGGUGCCAGCAGAACCGGUGCAGAGGCCCGGCUGGCUCCUGUCCACAGAAGUACAUUAGCAGGGCGCCAGGCCCGCCCCCCAGAUCACUUAGGUCCCCUCCUCUGCUUUAAAACCCCGCGAGUUCUCUGCUGCGGAGGCAGCUCCUGCUGCCCAAGGUGGGGAGGCAGCUGGGCGCUUGCUUGGUGGCCUGUUCUCCCUCCUCUCUCACCCCUUGGGCAGGGCUGGGCACAGUCACUUGGAGGCAGUGCCACCUUCCCCUGUGACAUGUCUUUUUUUUUUUUAACUCUGCAGGUUGGAGGGGAGAAGGGGGAAGGGUUAUUGUGAAAUAAGAAUGGGUUGGGGUGCUUGUGUGUAUGUAUCUCCCUCAGUUUCCCCAGAAAUGAGGUAUCUUUGUUCUCAGUCCAAAAUCAUGAGGGUAGGGAGAGGACAGAGGCUGCAAAAAGCCAGGUACAGAGGGAAGUCAAGUCACUGCUGCCCCAUCCGUGGCCCUGAACCCCUCCAACAUCGCCAGGAUUUCACAGACUGUCACCGUGGAAGCCCUCCCGUCAGAGACCCAGCAGGACUGUGGGCAGGUUGGGACUGCUGGGCGGGGGCGGGAGGCGCCGGCACGGGUUUGGGCAGUUCUCUCCUCACUUGUAAACUUAUAGUUUCACAGGAAAAAAAAAAGCAGUUUUAAAUAAAGAAAUUUUUCCCCUGGG